UCGUGUCGAAAAUUGCCAGCCCUACCUCCCAUGUAGUUCAACCAUUAUUUGAUCUACGCAAAUGUCCCUCAGUGGGACCGCGUCCCCACCAAAAUCUCUUUGUCAUCUUAAAAUCAAAAUUCCAAUGAAUCUAGACACUUAUCAGAAUGUUACUUAAAAAAUUGUUGAAUGGCCGUCACUAAAUUCCGAAUCUGUUUGAACAACUUACAACAAGUCAACAUCACUAGCUAAAAUUGACCGGCGGCGAGAUGGGGCUGGCGGAGCAUGAUGCGACGCCGUAUUUGGGGAUGGUGCUUGCCUCAACGGCGCAAGUCGGCCUCAUUAUCAUCAGCAAAAGCGCCCUUGCUUCUGGAAUGACUAAUUACACCUUCGUAGCUUACUCCAACGCCCUCGCCGCCCUAAUCCUUCUUCCUCUAUCUCUCCUCGUUCACAGGUCAUCAAACCGGCCGCCGCUGACAUUCUUGAUUCUCUGUGGAUUUUUUUCCUUAGGUGUUCUUGGAUGUUUGGCUCAGCUGACUGGAUACACUGGAAUCAGUUACACUUCUGCUGAAUUCGCCUCAGCAAUGUUGAAUCUCAUUCCUGGAUUCACCUUCGUGCUUGCUGUCGUAUUCAGGAUGGAAGUGCUAAACUGUAGGAAUUCGAGUUUUCUAGCAAAAGCGUUGGGAACGGUCGUCUCCAUUUCUGGCGCCUUUGUUGUCACUCUGUACAAAGGCCCUGAGAUCCUAACUUAUCUAUCGUCUCCUAAGUUGCAUUACGAGUAUAUUGGUGUAGUAGCAGCACAGUCAAGCUGGAUUAUCGGAGGGUUAUUCCUUGCUGCAGACUGUGUCGUAGCUUCAGCCUACAUAAUUGUACAGGCCUCGAUUCUUAAGAAAUACCCGGCAGAGCUGGUUAUAGUAUUCUUUUACUGCUUCUUUGCUGCCGUUCUGUCGACAUUCGUGUCUCUUAUUACUGAUCGGGACCUUAGUGCUUGGUCGUUGCAGCCUAAUAUCAGACUGAUUGCUGUUCUGUAUUCGGGAAUAUUUGGUUCUGCAUUCCAAGUCGGUGUAACUGCAUGGUGUCUGCACAAAAAGGGUCCUCUAUUCGUUGCAAUGUUUCAUCCGUUGGGAAUUGUGAUAUCUGCUGUUCUCGGUGUUAUCUUCCUGGGCGACAUACUGUAUCUGGGAAGUUUGUUGGGGUCAAUUAUCAUAGUUAUCGGGUUCUACUCGGUGAUGUGGGGAAAGGCAAAAGAAUUAAAGGUGAUUGACAACAACACAACAAAUAGUCAGAAGGCCCCUCUUCUGCCCAUUGAGAAUGAGCGGACGACGUCGAUAGACAGAUCAUGAUGCCAUUCACUUACUAAUAUAAGGAGGUGAGACAUUGUCUAAACAUGGGAAGCAUGGUCUUCAAACUCUUUGUUUUGAUUGGGAUCCAAAUCUUGUAUAUUAUUGUUAAAAUGGCACUACGCUGUACACACAUUAAUUGUUAUUGGUGGUGGGAAGUUUUUAUCUCUGUAAAAUGUGUACAAAUUGAAUUUUCAUCUUCUGAAAUAUACAUGUAUUAGUAUUGCCUGGGGUAUUUUUCCUACAGGUUUUUAUGGUA